CUGCCAGGAUCAGGUGCUGUUUUCACAUUCGGAAAAAGCAAAUUUGCAGAAGAUAUUCCUAGCAAGUUCUGGUUCAAAAAUGACAAGCCUGUACAUAUAUCAUGUGGAGAUGAACAUACCGCUAUUGUUACAGGGAAUGGUAAACUAUACAUGUUCGGCAGUAACAACUGGGGCCAAUUAGGACUAGGAUCAAAGAACACUGUCAGCAAACCAACAUGUGUUAAAGCUUUAAAACCAGAAAAAACAAAACUUGCUGUUUGUGGAAGAAACCACACUUUAGUUUACACAGAAAAAGGAAAUGUGUAUGCUGCUGGAGGUAACAGUGAAGGUCAACUGGGAUUAGGUGACACAGAGGAAAGGACCACAUUUCAUUUAAUUAGUUUUUUUACCAACCAGCACAAGAUCAAACAGCUAGCAGCUGGAUCCUACACCUCAGCAGCAGUAACUGAGGAUGGGCAGCUUUUUGUGUGGGGUGACAAUUCAGAAGGUCAGAUUGGCUUGGCUGAUGAAGCCUAUGUCAGUCUCCCUUGUCAAGUGGAUGUUGGAAAACCUGUUUCCUCUGUAUCCUGUGGGUAUUAUCACUCUGCCUUGAUAACAGGAGAUGGUGAGCUCUAUACUUUUGGAGAACCUGAGAAUGGGAAACUGGGAUUAUUGCCUGAACAGCUGAAGAACAAUAGAGUCCCACAGCCUGUACUGGGAAUUAUGGAAAAGGUUAAUAAGGUUGCUUGUGGUGGAGAACACACAGUGGUGCUGACAGAGACAGAUGUAUAUACUUUUGGACUUGGACAAUAUGGGCAGCUGGGACAUGGUACUUUUAUUUUUGAAACUUCAGUACCGAAGUCUGUGAAACACUUGAGGAGGCAUAAAAUAUGCAACAUUACAUGUGGGGAAAAUCAUACUGCUGUAAUUGCAGAGAACGGCCUCAUGUUUACUUUUGGAGAUGGGCGACACGGCAAGUUAGGACUCGGAGAAGAGAAUUUUACAAAUCAGUUUGAUCCCGCUCUGUGUUAUAAUUUCUUGAGGUUCACAGUCCUUUUGGUUGCUUGUGGUGGUUGUCACAUGCUAGUUUUUGCUGCUCCAAGACCUAAAGAAUCUGAAGAAAUACACUCAGAAGAUUUAUAUGAGAGCUGUUUGACUGCUACUAUCUCUAAAAUGAGUGGAGACUCACUACUAACAAACACCUUACAACUAACAUCAGCACGAAUGCGACGUCGAGAGAGGGAAAAGUCACCAGAACAGUUUAUUCGAAUGGCACGAACUCUGCCUCCACUGGGAGAAAGCUUCUUAAAAUCUUCAUUGCCUGUGACUAGCAACACUAGUCCACUCUGUUUUUCUGCAACAAGUCUUCCUAAAGCUGAACCUGUGAAGCAUAGAGACCAUGAAAAAGAAAAGAAUCAUCAAAAAGAUAAGCCUGGUGAAGGCUCUGCAGAAGAUGAUUCAGAUAAUGAAAAUAAUGACAGAAACCUUGGAGAUACAACUGACAUCCUAAAUAUGACACAUGCAAUGAGAUUGAAUCCCAGUGACCAGUCCUUAAAAUUAUCACCACUCCAAAAACAAAAGAAGAACAAUAAAAAUGUGAAACUGAAAAGACAUGGUAAGGGUGGGCUGAAAAACAAGGAUUCUGAUUUCAUGAAGGAGGGCUCAAAAUUAGACUCGGGCUCUUUACAAAAGCAGUCUUCACCUUCAGAGUCACUGGGACAAGAUUUAGAAAAAAGUAGUGCCUUUGUAGGGAAGCCUGUGGCCCAGAAAACUACAAUGAAAGGUAAAUCUGAGCAUGCACAAAUUGUUAGUACUUUGAAAAGUGGUGUUCAACAAAUGACUAGGGACAAAUGCAGAUUAGUGAAAAGGGAAAAAGAAUAUGUGGAAAAUCCUGAAUUUGUCAGAGAGGAAGUAACUCAUAACAUUCCCCCUGAAAAACAAAUUCUGACUGAAAAAACAAAUUAUUCCAAUAAAAAGUCAAAAGCUGUUAAAUCUAAGCUAUCCCUUAAAAUAGAUGUACUUCCUUCUGCAUCCAGGGAUCUGCCCCAGACUGAUUCAUUUAUUGCACAAAAAUCCAGUCCUGUUAAAAAGCAAAGAAGUCAAGAAGCAGUAGAAAGUCGAAACAAAAUAAAGAAUGUUGUUGAAAAAUCUGAUAAAUGUGAAAGAAUAUGCGUCAGAGGAGAAGAAAGUAGUGAAGAGCAGAGGGGUUUUAAAAAAAAGGAUCAAUUUUUAAAAAAAAAAUCUGUAACUAUGUCAUCAUCUUCAUCUGAGGAAAGUAGUAAUGAUCUUGCAAAAUACGUACAUAAGAGUAGGGAAAAAGAAGAGGACUACUAUGAAGACAGAGAGAUCCAGAAGGCAAUGGAAACAGUAGAAAAUGUGAAAAAAAUGUACAUAAAAAAAGACGACAGUGAGAUUGAGGAGAUGCAAACUACAAACAAUGAGAAAGAAUAUGUAGAAGAGACUGAUGUAGAAAGUCUGAGUGAAGAAGAAACAAACUCUGAAGCUAAAUCUGAUGAAGACAGGCAGUUAGAAAUUAAGAAUGAGGAGGAAUCUAAUCAAGAGCAGGAGAGUGAAGGCAGUGAAAAGGGUGAAAGUGAAAAAGAAAAACUAGAUAAAACAGCUGACAGUGAAGGUGAACUGGAAGGGGAGGAAGAAGGAGAGAGUCAGGUUAAAAAAGAUAGAGAUGAAGUUUCAGUAGAAACAGAUGAAGACAAAGAGGAAAAAGAUAAUGAGGAAGAAAAUGAGAGAGAGGAAUCACAGGCUGAAAGAGACAGUGAGAAUGAGGGUGCAGUAGAGAUUGAAGAGAUUAAUCAGGAAGAUGGCAAAGAACAAGGAGAUGAGGAAGGCAGGUUGAUGGAGGAAGAAAUGCUGAGUGAGGGAGAAGACAAGGAUAUGGAGGAGGAGGAGUAUGCAAAAGAGGAAGACACUGAAAAAGAAAAGGUGGAACAGGUUAAAAGUGAGGGAAGAGAUGAGAGUGAGGAAGGUGAAGAUAGAGUGGGGGAGGAAGAAAAAGAGGAAGAGGAAGAUGCAAAUAGGAGGACUAAGGAGGUGGGGGAGGAUGGAGUGGAAGAAGGAGAAGAGGGGGAGGAUGAAGUGGAAGAGGAAAGAGAAGAUGAGGAGGAGGAGGAAGAGGAAGGAACAGAGGCAGAAGCAAAAGGGGAGGAGGGGGAAGAAGAUGAAAACAAGGAGGAAGAGGAGUGGGAAAAUGAAGAAGAGGAAGGGGAAGAAGAAGAAGAGGGAGUGGAAGAAGGGGAGGAAGAAGAAGGAGUUGAAGAAGGAGAGGGAGAAGAGGGAAUGGAAGAAGAAGAGGGAGAAGAGGGAGUUGAAGAAGGAGAGGGAGAAGAGGGAGUGGAGGAAGAAGAGGUAGAGGAGGAAGAGGGAGAAGAGGAAGAGGGAGGGGAGGAAGAAGAAGGGGAAGAGGGAGAAGAAGAAAAAGGGGAAGAGGGAGAGGAGGAACAGGAAGGGGAAGAGGGAGAGGAGGAACAGGAAGGGAAAAGCAAAACCAGCAAGCCAGGGAAGACAGAAAGUACUGCUUUACCAAACAGCUCUAAACAAAAAAUGAAGUCCAAACAGCAUGUAGCAAACGGUUUACGUAAUUCAGAACAAUUUUGGAACAAUGUGCUACCUCAUUAUUUAACACUAAAGUAG